AUAACCUAAAGACCUAGAGGGGCUCUUAUCAUGAAGGAUAUCCGGAUAGCAACCAAGGCUUUCCCCUCACGAACCGUCAAGGUCCCCGGUCUCUAGUUGAUGGCCGCCUUCUCGUCAGCAUCGGACCUUCGUCCGAUCCCGCGAUGUUCUUGUUCCGCCGCUGCCGUUCGCCAAGGAGACACCAAUCCUCUGAUCCUCAUAGCACCAACAGACGAGCAAGGUUCCGAAAAAGCAAUAUCUUGUGCGAUUCUACGAAAGGCUUGCGCUAAUAGGCCAGCCGGCCAAUUCGGUCGGCAUGGUGUCAGCUCGGAUGUUUUGGAAUGCUCUCCCGGCGCGCCCAACUCUCAAGUCCCAACUCAAUUCAGGGUUCUGCUUCUCCAAAAACCAGGCACAGGGAACAAGCAUUCUGCAAAUGGCGCGAGCACCUCUAACGACAGCAAACAUCGCGGAGAGUGGAGAAAAUCCUCUCAACUCCAUGUGCGGCGUGUUCGUAGAGCAAACACGCAGCUUCGAGUUAUCACGCAUUAUCUUCAUCCGGAUGUCUUCCCCGGUCUCGCUGCUCGCUACAAUAUACUGUGCGUAGUGGCUUUCCAUACCCAUGACCACGAACCAACACGCAUGAUCUGCGGCGCUGCCUGGUGGGACGAACGCGAUGUCUCCUUGAGAAACGACGAUAUUGGGCACAACGCCACAAGACCCGCUGCGAAAUGGACCAAACUGUCGGUUAAUAGUCAACAACCACGGCCGAAGAGCAAUUUGUCUUGGUGCUAGUGUCCGGCCCGUCUCCUAGCCACUGCCACCAUCGAUCUUUCUGCAACGACUAAACGCCACCCGCACUCCUGAUAUUUGGGAGAAAAUGGCAGAGGCGUUUGAACAUGACAUCGACCAUUUCCGCAGCCUCAUCAGCCGGGAGGACGUGGGAUAGCAACCGUCAACAACGCCACGUUGAACUCUCUUCGCCGUCCGGGUCAAGCCAUAC